AUGGACGUACGUGGAGAAGUUGUCGAGGAUCAUUCCCACAACGGGGAUGGACACCACUCCGCCCAGUGGGAGGGCGAUGUCGAAGAUCUUGUUGAGUUUCUCGGAUCUCUCGUAAGAGCCAAGCAAAAAGGUGUAUUGGGAGUUGAUGGUGGCCACAAAGUAGUUGAGUCUAAGCAUUUGGAUGGUGGCGAAGAUGCAGAUGAGAAGGAACCAGAAAGUCUUGAACUGGUACGAUGCUGGGAAUCCGUGGAGAAUACCAAAGAUGGAGUUGGACAGGGGUUUAUCCACCUGGAUAAUUUCAUCUUCAACGUAGGCAGACUUGUACGCCUCACCAAUGGAGGAUCUUCUUUUUGCGCCUGUAGGGCCGCCCAGCAGAGCGGUGGACUCGGUUGGCUCGUGCAGGAUGUCUUCCUGCUCGGCGGCGGCAGCAAGUCUUUGUUGUUCUUCUGUAGGGUUUGGAAUAAGGUCUGCUGGAGGAGUGAAGGUAGGGAACUUCAUGUAUGCGAUUUUGUACACCAAAAACACCGCCGAGGAGGUGUCGAAAGCUCCGGUAAGCAGAGCCAAGAUAAGGCCGGAUUUUUCUGGGAAAGCGUUGGACAGCUGGAAACUGGAAAUAAACGAGAACGGACCACCCAGAGCCAUGGACGAGUAGCCCACGAGGUAUGGGUCGAACCAGGUGAUGUUCUUGGCGUUGAUGAACACAAACGAGGCAAAGAACAGGAAGAAAGCUCCAAUAAGGCCGCACACCUUAGGACCAUAAGAGUCCAACGUUCUACCAAUGACCAGCGCACUCACGUUGGUCAGCACGGCACCCACGGUGAACAUCAAGUUGAGCUUCAGAUCCUGCUCGGUGCAAUUGGCAACAAAGCCCUGGAUGCGGAUAUCUUGCGGACUGAGGUCGCAGACGCUAUCGUAGAUUCCCUGGUCCACGAGAGUCGGUUUAUCAAUCGGCUGCAAAAAAAUGCGCAGAUAGUGGAAAAGAUAGCGCAGGGUGAAAAAUUUGAUUGGUACGGGAUUUUGUGGCUGACCUGGGCCAGCACCGGGCGCGGGGUACAGCCGGGCAGCAGCCGAGAGGCAGCCGUGCGAGAAAAACUGAUUACCGCUGUCGCAUAA